UUAAAAUAAAUCAUUGCAUUCAUUCACUCUAUUAAAUUGUUUUAGUUUUUUACACUAAAUAUUUGUAGUGAAAAUUACAUUCAAUACAUUUUUUUAGAAAAAAAAAUAAUAAGAAAUAUUGAAGUGUAUGUAUGUGUAUGUCUUACGAUCGUGUUUUAUAACCAUUUAUCAGUACCACACUACCAAUAAUAUUCACCACCGACAUUGAAUUUCCCGUUUUUUACAAAAUGCAUUUAUUAGAAAAGCCAAGAAAUGAUGAAAGUGCUUAUGACUCGACAGCUGAAAACAGAGAUCAUCCCGCACACCGCGAUGAAGAACAAUUAUUCCCACAACAUUCUAGUAGUCAAAAUAGAUCGAAUGCAUUAAAACGAUCUGCAACUUUACCUGCAAAAAAUAACAGAUUACCACUGCGCAAUCGUGUCACUUUUCGAGUGCCUAACAAUUGCAGACAACAAUUAAAUCAAAGAUACCUACAUCCACCACAAUUUGCUGCUAGAUUAAACAAAAAUCCAGAUACAAACGGACAACAAUAUUCUAACAACCAACAGAGUGCUGAUAUUUGUAAUAAUCCAUCUUUAGUUGCUAAAAUGACUUCGGAAGAUCUACUACAGCCUGGGCAUGUUGUUAAAGAGCGAUGGAAGGUCGUUCGCAAAAUUGGUGGUGGAGGGUUUGGAGAGAUUUAUGAAGGUCAAGAUCUCAUUACACGCGAACAAGUAGCAUUGAAAGUAGAAUCAGCACGACAACCUAAACAGGUACUCAAAAUGGAAGUAGCGGUACUUAAAAAGUUACAAGGAAAAGAACAUGUGUGCCGUUUCAUAGGAUGUGGUCGUAAUGAUCGUUUCAAUUAUGUUGUAAUGCAACUACAAGGAAAAAAUUUGGCUGAGUUAAGACGCGCUCAACCUAGGGGAGCAUUUUCCUUAAGCACUACUUUGCGACUAGGUCUACAAAUACUGAAGGCAAUAGAAUCUAUACAUUCAGUUGGAUUUUUACAUCGUGAUAUAAAGCCGAGUAACUUCUCAAUUGGACGUUUACCUUAUAACUGUCGGCGUGUUUAUAUGCUAGACUUUGGUUUAGCGAGGCAAUAUACAACUGGAACAGGAGAGGUUAGAUGUCCACGUGUUGCGGCUGGCUUUCGCGGUACAGUUCGUUAUGCCUCAAUAAAUGCUCACAGAAAUCGAGAAAUGGGACGACAUGACGAUCUUUGGUCCCUUUUUUAUAUGCUAGUCGAAUUUGUUAACGGUCAACUUCCUUGGAGAAAAAUUAAAGACAAGGAACAAGUAGGUCUAACUAAGGAAAAAUAUGAUCAUCGUAUUCUUCUGAAACAUUUGCCUUCCGAUUUAAAACAAUUCUUGGAACAUAUCCAAUCUUUAACUUAUGCUGAUCGUCCUGAUUAUGCGAUGCUUAUUGGUUUAUUUGAACGUUGUAUGAAACGUCGUGGUGUCAAAGAAUCAGACCCAUAUGAUUGGGAAAAGGUUGAUGCAACAGGUAAUUCAACCACAACAGCCAACAUUACUUGCAGUCAAUCAAAUCAAAUUAACCACGCUCAAGUAAAGAAUGAAUAUGUUCAUGGUAAUAUAACGCAAAUGACGGUUGUAGCAUCCAACGCGAGUGGUACUGAAUAUCUGCGUAGAAGAAAUGAUGUUGAUUCAGCACAAGUUGCUAGUGCUGAACUCUUACACGUUAAGGAUAAGGUUGUGGAUAAAAAUUGCAAUAACACUUCACCACAGGCUGAAAAUAAUUUUCAAAAUCUUAAUAGUAGCAAUAAAAAUAACUCAAAUAAGGUUCCAGCAAUAACAACAUGUGGAGGUGGUGGAGGGGGAGGUGUACGUAACACCAACAUAAAAGAACAACAACAACCUAGUCAAAUGAUGAUAAUGCAUGGUCAGACUGAAAAUACUGCUGUAACGCAACAUAGUGGUGUUACGCCCGUUUUGUUGAAAACCACCGUAUUGACUGCCAGUUAUAGGUCGGAACCGAAUAAACAACCACAUAAUAUAUUUCAAAAUAAACACGCAAAUCCACAACAACCUGUUUUAACCUCCAAAAAAGCAGUAACAUCACCUCUGAACCAGAACAACUCAGCACCGCUUCAUCACAUUAGUAGUCAAAAUAUUGUAAUGGAUGGUAUGAUGAUAGGUGAGGAUGGCACAACUUCAACAUCUGUAAAUGGAGGCGGUGGCCGAUUACGAAAAGUAAAUACUAGUAAAGUAGCUGCUGAUGAAUUGAAAUCUUCUAACAUUAGUUUCGGAGAUAACCAAAAAAAUAAAGAGCUAGGUAAUAGUAUGGGUGGAGUUGGCGGUAGUGGAAAUCCAAUAAAUGUUAAAAAAAAUACACAAAUUUCUAGUGGCAUUAGUCAUGAUGGACAUGUUGGCGCGAAAUCGGCACAACAAGAAAAACUAUCCACAAAUGUUUCAAAUAAACGCUGUUGUGCACCUAAUACAAACGUUACAGCAGCAGUUGCCGAACAACCCAAAAAUACGUUUAUAAGUCGUUUACAAAUUGCAACUAACAUAAUGAAUCCGCAAGAAGGUAAUGAAAUUAACUGUGCUCUUGAAUCUGAAUACGAGCCGACUGCAUUAUCAUUAGAAGUGGCAAAUCGUGUUUCACAACCUUCUUCGAUAAGUAAAAACCAUUGUACUAUUGAAGUCAAUAAUUCGGUGGCUACUACAGCUCCUGCUACAGUUCCUGUUCCACCACCUGCCCGACGUUCUUAUACCUCAACCAAUCUGAGGCCAUCAUCCGUGGCAGGAUCAACACAACGUCUUAAUAGUAGUGUUUGCGGUUCUGGUACAGCCACUAUAGCUACAGCAAGAGGUAGUGCAGGGGGCGGGGAUCAUUCAAUUACGCAGUUUGCCCUCAUUGAUGAUGAGAAUGUUUCUGCUCUGCAACAGGUCACUAAAGGCGGUGGCGCCUUAACAUUGGCUAGUCAAUGGAAAAGUCAAUUUGACGAUUCUGAAGAUACAACCGAUAACGAAUGGAAACAAGAAGCGCAGAAUCCUGUACAAAAAGCUAAAUUAAGUUUCAUCUCGCUGUCUCACCCAAAUUUAUCCGACGUAUCUUUAAUACAACAUCAAAAAGAUCAACAAUAUUGUAUGGACACCAUUCAACAGAUACCAUCCCAAAACCAAACUGAAAGUGUAGAACCCGUUAUAAAAAAAGACCAAUUCACUAGUGAUGGAAUUGAGCAUGCCAUUGAAGAUCAACCAAAAUUGAAUUCUUCCUGCUCUGCUCUAAAACUUAAUGCAGCAAAAUCUUCUAGUCCUCCUCUUAUAACUCCUUGUCAAAAUCAAAAGAAGUACAAUUUAAAUAUUGCUGGUAUAGAAAACUAUGCUCAAUUACAGGCCUCAAUACCGCAAUGCUGGUCCGAACCGGCCAUGGGUAAUGCUUUGCGUAGAGACUUAGAACCACCCAUAGUACAACAAGCAGCAUUUGAUAAUAUUGUUUAUCGCAUGGAUAUAACACGUAAUGUAUGUGUUAGGGAAGUAUAUUCAGAAGCCGCUGCCACAAAUAUUGUGCCACCAGAUGCUACUUCAAACGUUGGAUUAUUUAAUAAUUCAAUACACAAUCCAGCUACUGAAGUAGAAGAUCUGGCAGCAAGAGAUGUCCCAUAUUCAAGCAACACAGGCAACAACAAUGAUCUCACUAAUUUGGCCAUAAGUAAACAUCGCAAUAGUUUGCCUAACGUAGCAUUACCAAAUCUUCUCAACAUUAGUAGUGGUGCUGGUAAUAGCGAUGGCGUUGGAGAUUCCUGUGUACCCACGAAAGAGAAAUUUAUUACAAAUGUUGAUAUGGAUACUCAAAAAUCCAUUACAACAAAUACGAUAUUACCUUCUGCCUCCGUACAAUAUGCAGCCAACUUAAACGAAGAUGUUCAAGUUCAUCAUCAAAAUAGUGGGUUAGGAUCAGACAUCGGAACCGCACAACAAGACGAGGGCUGCAUAAGUGGACGCUUAGAAAUACGUGUGAUACCUAAUGAAUCAACUUCUCAAAAUGAUGUGAUCUACUACGGUUCCGCUGCAAUCCAAAAAUCUCCCAAUCAACAAGUUAUACUGGUAAAUGCAAUACGUAAUGAUGACAAUGAAGAUGAUGUGCCUGUAACUAUAAACCAAAGAGAUGUAAAAGAUGAAACCAACAAUGACGCGUGUGAUUUUAGUAGGGAAAAAUUUAAUGAUUUAUUCAAAAAAUCACCCGAGGAGAUAAAAACUACAAGGGAAGAGUUCGAAGAUGUAGGUGAUGAUGUAAUAAAAGCGGAUAAAAAUGAUAUUAAGUCAGGUGAUGAUUUGAAUAAAGUUGCAGAAAUGUACAUUAAAAACGAGGCUGCUGGAGCUACCACCAUCGGUUCAUGCAUUCCAAAUAUCGUGCCCGUAGGUGGUAGCACCGCUAUUAGCAAAAUACCCGUAUUACAAACUAAUAUCCGUCAAGCAAAAUGUGCAUCGUGGGCCGGCGGCGAAUUGACUUCUCAACAAGUCCAUUCACAACUUACAAGAAACAGCAGCCAGGGAAAACAAACAUUUAAUGCGGCAGAUAUUGAUAAUUUUAAUGAAGCUGCUUUGCCUACUCAUUCUAACUCUUCCUCUAGUUGCAACAAACAAAAUGUUGGUGAUAAGCCUGAUGGUGUUGUAUUUCAAAACCCUGAUAUAACGGAUCUAACACCAGCUAUGAGGCGUCGCAGAGAAACAGCUGAUAAAUAUGUAACGGAUCCUUCGCAAUUACAAUUACGCUUUGCUCGUCCGCGUUCCAGAAAUGCCAGUAGGUAAGUAAGCAAUAUCUUCCUUA